CCCCCCCCCCCCCUUUUGCAUGGCGGAUUAAAGCUGGCUGCGCGCUCCCGGUCCGGGCAGCCUCACCCCCACGAUGCCUCUCCACGGCGCCAGGGCCUCUGCUCUCCUCGCUUGGGUGAACAGCACCAAUGUUUGUCCUGAUGCCCUCCAUGACCUCUCCCAGCUCCAAGACUGCAAAGUCUUCAUCAGGAUCAUCAACAAAAUCCACAGGAGCGAGGAAGAGGAGGCCACCUUGGAGCAGCAGCAGCUUCCAGAGAGGAUCUCCUUCAUCUGUGGCUUCCUGCAGAAGCACUGCAAGCACAAAGUGGCUGCAGAGGACCUGGUGGCACCACAGAGACUGCUGGAGGGGGAGGAGCUGGAGCUGGCUAAGGUGGCUGUGCUGCUCCUCUACCACACCUCCAUGAGCUGCAAGAACCCUGGGGACUGGAAUGAGUUCGACUACAAGACCCAGGUGGAGCUGGCAGCCAUCCUCAGGUUCGUGUUGGACAAUGAGGAGAACCUCAACGAGAACCUGGAGACAUUCCUGCAGAAGAAAGCCUCCUUGCCCUCAUCCAGCAGCAGCAGCAGCAGCAGCUCUGAGGAGCACUCUCCACUCCUCUCCCAUCCCCAGAAGCGUGAGGUGCGGUUCCUGGAGCUCCAGAAGAUUGCCUCCUCCUCUGGAAGUAACAAUGUGUUCCCUGGACCCCCAUCCUCACCCAUGGGGGACAUCAUGCAGACCCCCCAGUUCCAGAUGAGGAGGCUGAAGAAGCAGCUGGCAGCGGAGAGGGAGAACCGAGAGGAGCUGGAGGUGGAGCUGGCAGAGCACCGCAAGCUGAUCACAGAGAAGGAGGCUCAGAUGACCAUGAUGCAGCAGAAGAUCGAGCGCCUGGCCCUGCUCAACGAGAGGCAGGCAGCUGACCAGCUGGAGCCCAAGGAGAUGGAAGAGCUGAGGGAGAAGAAUGAGAGCCUCAUGGUUCGCCUGCAUGAGGCCAUCAGGCAGUGCCAGGACCUGAAGACUGAGAAAGGCCAAAUGGACAGGAAGAUCGAUCAGCUCUCUGAGGAGAAUGGAGACCUCUCCUUCAAGCUGCGGGAGAUCGGCAGCCACAUGGUGCAGCUGCAGGAGGCUCUGAACGAGCUCUCGGAGGAGCACAACGCGGCCCUGGCACAGGCCCAGGAGAAGCAGAGCCAGCUGGAGACUGAGCUGAGGGUGGCCCUGCAGGACAAGCAAUGCUCUGAGGAGAAGAUUGAGAUCCUCCAGGGGAAGAUUUCCCUCCUGGAGGACCAGUUGGCCAAACUGGGAGACAGCAGCACCCAGGAGAAAGGAGAAGUCAUGGGAGACAUCCUGAAGAUGGAAGAGCUGAAGCAGGAGGUGUCCAACCUCACGGCUCAUGGCGCCCAGCUCCAGGCCACCAUCCUGCAGCUGGAGGAGGAGAAGCAGCUGAGGGAAGCAGCUCUGCAAGCAGACAGAGCUCGCUUCGAGGAGGAGAAGCAGCAGCUGGGUGGCCUCCUCAGUGGCCUUCAGAGCUCCCUCUCAGAGAGCCACCAAGCCAGGGAGAAGCUGGAGCAAGACCUGCAGGCCCAGGAGGCCAAAGCCAAAGCCAGAAGCGAGGAGGACGCCGGGCGCUUGGCCGCCCUCAACGCCCAACACGAGAAGGCCCUGAGGGAGAGGGACUCGGCCCUUCAGCAGCUCCAGCACCUCCAGGAGGCCAACAUCUCCUUGGGCAACCAACUGCAGGCCCUGGCCCAGGCCCGAGACGCGGCGGUGGCGGAGAAGGCCGAGCUGAGCCGGAGGGUCGGCGAGUUGGAGGCCGGCGCCUCGGAGCUGAGGGAGGUGGAGGGCAGGCUGAAGGAGACCCAGCAGAAGCUGGUGGAGAAGGAGAAGCUGGCCAAGGAGAACGGGAGGCUGCAGGAACGUUUGGUCUUCCUGGAGGAGUCCUUGAGGAACACUGAGGGCAUCCUGGAGGACGAGAAGAGGAGGGCGGCGGAGAGCCUGGAGAGCAGCUCGGCCAAGAUCGCCGAGCUGGAGGCAGAGAGGCAGCAGCUGCUCCAGGCUCCCCAGCAGCAAGCCCAGGAGGUGGGCAAGCAGCUGCAGGCCGAGCAGGAGAAGGUGGCCAGGCUGGAGGCCCUGCUUGCUGAGCGCCGGCAGGAGCUGGCCGCCGCCCAGGCCGACUCUGCCGCCGCCCGGGCGCGGGCGAAGGAGAAGGAGGGCGAGGAGCAGAAGCUGAAGGCCGAGCUCUGCUCCCUGCGGGAGAAGCUGGUGGCUGUGGAGCAAGCCGCGGCCCAGCGCCUGGCUGGCUUGCAGGAGGAGCUGGAGCAGAAGCUGAGGGAGCAGCAGGAGGCCAGGGCCGGGCUGGAGCGAGCGGCCGCCGAGGCGGCCAGGGCGGAGGCCGAGGCCUCCAGGAGGGAGGUGACGCUGCUGAAGGAGAAGGCCUUGGAGCUGCAGAAGCUGCUGGAGGCCUCCAGGUCGGUGCAGUCUCUCCACGAAGGCACGGUGGAGGCGCUGAGGAAGGAGCUGCAGGAGAAGGACAGGGAGCUGCUGCAGAGCAGGGCCAGCGCCGAGAAGGAGCUGGGGGCCCUGCGCGCCGACGCCCAGGAGAGGCUUCGGCUGGAGGAGAACCUGAAGGAGCAGCUGGCCCAGUGCCUGCAGGAGCUGGAGAGGAAGGGGGCCUUGGUCUCCAGCCUGGAGCACGAAGCCUCCGUGGCCCGCCGGCAGCUGGCCGAGAAGGAGGGGGAGAGCAAGGAGCUGAAGCGCCUGGCCCUGGCUGAGGCCGAGAAGAGCAAGAAGGUGGAGGAGAGGCUGAGAGUCCUCCAGGCCGAGAUGGCCACCGCCGCCUCCCGCGCCGCCGAGCGCUGCUCCCUGAUGAAGGUGGAGGUCCAGCGCCACCAGGAGGAGCUGGACAAGCAGAGGCUGACCAUCGAGGCCCUCAAAAGGGACAGGCACUGCCAGGGCGAGCGGGAGGAGGAGCUGAGGCAGGAGGCCAAGGCCUGCCAGGAGAAGUACCUCCAGAAGGAGCAGCUCCUGGCCGGCCUCCAGCAGGAGCUGGGUGCCGCCAAGGCGGCCGCCGGGGAGGUGGAGGCCUUGAAGCGUCUCUGCCAGGAGCUGCGGGCCGAGAGGGCCGCCCUGGAGGGGCAGCACCGCCAGGAGCUGGAGCAGAGGGCCAAAAGCUUGGCUGCCCUGCAGGCAGAGCUGGCCAGGGUCAAGCUGGAAGCUGCUGAGGCGGCCUCCCUGAGGGAGAGGGCGGCGGAGCAGGACAGAGCCCUCCAGGGGCUCCAGGCCGAGCUGCUGGGGCUGCAGCAAACCAACGCCAGGCUGCUGGAGGAGGGCAGCAGAGGGCAGCAGAAGCUGGAGGCAGAGCUGGGCCAGGCCCUGGAGAGGCACAAGAAGGAGGUGGAGAGGCUGAAGGUGGCCUUGGAGGAGGCGGAGGAGGCCAGGAGGAAGCUGGAGGAGGCCAGGAAGGAGCAGGAGGGCGGCAGGGCGGCGGCGCUGGAGGAGAAGAGGAGGCUGCAGGAGGAGAGGCAGAAGCUGGUGGCUCAGGUGGAGCAGCUCACAGUGACCAAGCAGGACCAAGCCAAGCAGGUGGAGGAGCUGCAGAAGAAGCUGAGCCAGCAGGAGAAGGCCUCUAGGACUCAGCAGCAGAGAGUGAAGGCUCUGGAGGGAGAGCUGCAGGCAGAGGCCAGCAGGCAGCAGCAGAAGGUGGAGGAGCUCCAGGCCCUGCUGGCCCAGAAGGAGCAAGCAGCAGAGCACUACAAGGGGCAGAUGGAGAAGGCCAAGGCUCAUUACGAUGCCAAGAAGCAGCAGAACCAGGAGCUGGCUGCGAAGCUGCAGGGGAUGGAGGAGCUGCAGAAGGAGAACCUGGAGCUCAAGAGCGAGACCCAGAGGUUGGACAAGGAGCUGCAGCAGAGCCUCCUGCAGGCCAAGGACCUCAGCAGCCAGGUCCACAGCCUUGAGGCUCAGGUGGAGUUGGCCAACAGGCAGCUCCAGGAGCUCAACCAGGUCCAGCUGCCCACGGAGAUGCUGAAGAGCUUUGACUCCUUCCAGCAGGACCCUGCCCAGCUCAGCACAGACAGCCUGGAGCUCAGCCUCAGCCAGGAUCCAGCCCUCAAUUCCCCCAGCCGCAAGGGACGUCGCUCGCGCUCGGUGACCUCUCCGCUGUCCCCUAAGACCCCCCGGAGGCUUCCCCGCAAGGUGGAGUCCCUGGAGAGCCUCUACUUCACCCCCAUCCCCAGCAGGACCAGGUCCCAGCUGGACACCACUGCUGGGGACUCCCUGGGUGACCUCUCUCUGGAGUCUGGCUGCAAGACCAGGUCUGGCCGGAGGAGAACCACCAUAGACAUCACAAUGAUCAAGAAGCAGCCCAAGAAGGAGGAAGCAGAGAGCUCCAAGGUCUCCACCCUGCCAGCAGCUGGAGCCAAGCCCAGGCUGCACUCCAGCACCAGGUCCCUCAACACCUUCCCCUCCCAGGAGUCCCUCACGAUGGAGACCUCCUCCCCUCAGGAGCCCUCGGGCAGCUCAGCCCUGCUGGGGCUCCCUGGCUACCGUCCUGUCACCAGGAGCUCCCUCAGGCACCUGCAGGCUGGGGGCAGCAGCUCCAGCUUGGGCCGCAGCAGCCUCUUCCUGGGGAGCUGCCAGGACGAACCUGAGCAGCUGGAGGACUGGAGCCGCAUUGCUGAGCUCCAGCAGAGGAACAGAGCCUGCCCCCCACACCUCAAGACCUGCUACCCCCUGGAGAGCAGGCCCAGCAACUCCCUGGGGACCAUCACUGACGAGGACGUGAAGCUUGGGGACCCCCUGGAGACCCUGCGCAGGGCCAGCAUCCAACCCUCCCAGCUCGGCCCUGCCCUCAGCACCAGGCACAGCACCUUGGCCACCACCUGGGCGGCUGCUGCUGGCCUUGGGGGUCCUGCUGGCCCUUCUGGGGGCCCUGCUGGGGCUGGGGGCCCUGCUCUGGCUGCUGGCAUCACCACUCGCCAGCAGCGCAAGCGGCUCUCGGAUGAGUCCCACCAGGGACCUGAGACCCCCGAGGCCAAGAAGGUCUCCAGCUGCUUCCCAAGGCCCCAGACCCCUCGGGAGCGCCGCAGGAGCCAGCAGCAGACCCCCAGCAAGCAGGCCGCCCGGCGCCAGUCCCUGGCCUUCAGCAUCCUCAACACCCCCAAGAAGCUGGGGGGCAGCCUCCUGAGGAGGGCAACCCGCGCCAGGAACCCCACCAGGAGCUCCACCAGGGGCACCCCCUCCAGGGGCAGUUCUGCCAGGGGCUCCUCCCCCAGAGCUCGGCGCUCCUCCCCCCGCGCCAGCGCCCCCUCCAGGUCACCUCGGGCAAAGGCCGGUUGCCGCUCGCUGAAGGACACCAAAGUCUGAGCCCCUCCCCCCCCAGCCUCUCCUCUUUCUGCUGCCCCUCCCCCACCCCCGGGGGGGGGC